UUUACCAUUUGGGUAUUCUGCAACUUCUGUGUCUAGCUGUUUUUACUGAUAAAAAACAAACAUAUGCAUCUUACAAAAUUACAUGUUAUGGUGACAGGAUGGUGUCACAAGAAUGGAAAGUUACUGCUUGUAUAUGAAUACAUGCCUAAUGGCAGUCUAGAUAUGCACCUCUUUGCGGGACCAGAUAAAGAGCCGUUGAGCUGGAACCUCCGCUACAAGAUUGUGCAAGGUGUUGCCUCAGCAUUGCACUAUCUGCACAAUGAGUAUGAGCAGAGGGUGGUCCAUCGCGACCUGAAGGCGAGUAACAUCAUGCUUGACUCAAAGUUCAAUGCGCGCCUUGGGGACUUUGGCCUUGCACGGGCACUUGACAACGAAAGGACCUCGUAUGCUGAGGCAGAAGGAGUGCUUGGCACAAUGGGAUACAUUGCACCAGAGUGUUUCCACACAGGGAAAGCCACACAGCAAUCUGAUGUAUACGCGUUUGGGGCAGUGUUGUUGGAAGUUGUAUGUGGCAAGAGACCUGGAACCAAGAUUAAUGGCUUUCAAUUCUUUGUUGAUUGGGUUUGGUACUUGCACCGCGAUGGCCGUAUCUUGGAAGCUGUUGAUCCAAGGCUUGGAGGUGACUAUGUUGCUGAUGAAGCAAAGAAACUUCUACUGCUUGGUUUGGCUUGUGCACAUCCUAUAGCUAUUGACAGGCCUAAAACACAGGCAAUAGUUCAGAUUAUAUCAGGGUCAGCACCAGCACCAGAAGUUCCACCAUUCAAGCCAGCAUUUGUGUGGCCAUCAAUGAUGCCAAUUGACAUAGACUCAAGUGUUAUGGACACAACAUCCAUUACUACUUCUCACUUCAAUUCAGGAUGGAGUCUUGACUAUCAAAGCAGGGAGACCCCAACAUAUGCAGACCACUCUUUGGUGUAGUUACUUUGAUGGUAAACAACUAUUACCAAAAGGAAAAAUGAUUUUUUUGGCCUUCUAUUUUUUAAAAAGUUUCCUGUAAUUAUGUUUUCUUGGGAGGAGGUUAAAAAUUUCCUUCAGUUUUUUACUUUUUGUUUGAUGUUUUUUUUCCUUUUCAAUUUGUUAUUGGGGCAUGAAGAAAAGAUCAGAGCAACCCGUGUACAUUCAUAUAACUCAGUAGUGUUACAUUAUGUCAUAUUUACUGUUUUCCUGUCUUUGUCAACCAAAAUUAUGUAAAAGACACUCAUGUUGAGCCAAAUUGGAGGAGACAGAAAAUGAAUAGUGGCGAAGUAUCUUUGUUGCCUCAA